GACACUCUUCACCUCCAACUGAGAAACUUUCCUGAACUUGUGCGGCUCUCCAGCCUGUCAGGGGGCGCAGAGGGACCGCAGCAGCAGCGCGCACGGACGCGGACUCGGGGGGAGGCUUGUCUCUACAUGGCCCGUUUUCUUUGAAACUUGUCGCUUUGGAGGAUUUGUCUGCGCGCUCAGGGCACUUUGGUAGCGGGCUGGAGGCUCUCGCCCGCCUGCGUGAGUUCGUUUUGGAGCGCACAGCUUUCCUGACUUGUAAGAAGUGAAACCGUCUCGGACCCGGACCUUUUUCCUCCCCGCAAACCUGAGCUUGACUCUGCGGGCAUGGCGUGGGUCAGACGGGGCCUCUUCCUCUGCGUCGAGCUACUUCUCUUCGUGGUUUGUGCGUCUGUGGAGCGACAGCUGAGCCGCGGGGGCUUCAGGAGGGUCUACGUGCUGCAGCCCGGGGUAGCGCCGGGGCCCGGUUCGGCUGCAGGGGACAGCGCCGUGCGGGUCAGCUCCAUCUCGACGCGUCACGGCCCGGCCGGCCAACCGCACUCCUAUAACGUGGAAUUGAGUGCCAAGCUCGGAGGGCAGGUUCGGACCCGCAGGAUGGGGAACCAACAGCAGCAGCCAGCGGCGGUUCGGCAGAGCGGAGCGGAGCAGAACCGACAGCUGCUGACCCUUUCCGGGGUGAAUGUCUGCGGAGGACAGUGCUGUCAUGGAUGGAGUCCAGCUCAGGGAUCGCAGCGCUGCACAAAACCCAACUGCAUUCCCCAGUGCCAGAAUGGAGGAAUGUGCCUCAGGCCCCAGCUCUGCGUCUGCAAACCGGGCUCAAACGGUGCAUCAUGUGAACAGACAACGGUCCAAACACUUCCUUAUCCAGCACUGCCUGAAGGCGGACACACCAAUGGAAACAAUGUGGUACCGCAGCGGCCCAUUCCCCAACAAGUAUCCCCCAGUGGACAUGGCUCCACAUCCGCUUCAGCUAACAACAUGGCCCAGAUGAAGCUAACUGUGAAGGCAGCACCACAGUUUGUACGACCCCAUUACUUCCAGCAGCACAUCCAGCAUCAGAUUCGGCCAGCAUCUUUGCAACCUGGACAGACUCAGAAGUACAUCAUAAAACCCAAAUACUACCACACACACAGCAGACACACACACGUCCAGCCUGAGAGGCCCAUCCCUCUAAGCAUGGGACACAAUCCCCUCUAUGCAGCAGCAGCGGGCAACCACACCGGCAGGAUCAAGGUGGUCUUCACACCCACCAUCUGCAAGGUAACCUGCAUCGGAAGCAGAUGUCACAACAACUGCGAGAAAGGAAACACCACCACCAUCAUCAGUGAGAAUGGCCACACCACAGACACGCUGACGGCCCCCAACUUCAGAGUUGUGGUGUGCCACCUGCCAUGUAUAAACGGGGGAAAGUGCAGUGCCAGGGACAAGUGCCAGUGCCCUCCAAACUUUGCAGGAAAGUUCUGCCAGAUGCCGGUUCAGAAUGGAGCCCAGCAGCACCAUCAGACUUCGGGUUCCUACAGCCAGACACAGGUUCACUCCAUGCACACGCUGCCUCUGACUUACAGCAACGGCAAGACUCCCGGUGUGGUCAACAUCCACAUCAAUCACCCUCCAGAAGCCUCUGUUCAGGUCCACCAAGUGUCCCAGCUGGACGACUACCAUCACAACGGGCACCAGCAGAAGGCCUCCCAAGCUGGCUCCUCGUCAUCCAGCAGCUACAGCUACCACCACUCCGAGAGCAGCCAGAAGGUUCAGCACCACAGCUACAAUGUUGUUUAUCCCAACCAGCAUGGCUACCAUGUUUCUCAGUAUCAGCCCGUCACCUCCAAGAACGCUCUGGGACGCUGCUUCCAGGAGACGGCAGCUGGCCAGUGUGGGAAGGCUCUGCCGGGUCUCACCAAGCAGGAGCGCUGCUGUGGAGUCAUCGGGACCUCGUGGGGGUUCCACAAAUGCCACAAGUGCCCAAACAAGUCUUCCAUCCCUCUGAUAGACUGUCCUCAGGGCUACAGGAAGAUCAACAGCUCCCACUGCCAAGACGAGGACGAAUGCCAGCUGCAGGGUGUGUGUCCCAAUGGAAACUGUCUGAACACAGUGGGUAGCUACAGGUGCACCUGCUCGCCCGGCUUCAUCCCUGACGCCUCCCUCACCACAUGCAUUCCCAAUGCGCCUGUCGUCCAGGGCGAGAAGGGCGCUUGCUUCCGUUUUGUCAGCUCGGGGAGGCAGUGUUUGCACCCAGUGUCUGCCCAGCUGAGCAAACAGCUCUGCUGCUGCAGUGUGGGCAAAGCCUGGGGCCCUCGCUGUGACAAAUGCCCCCCUCCUGGAACUGCUCAGUUUAAGGAGAUCUGUCCGGGUGGAAUGGGCUACACCGUUUUACCCAACCCUCCUGCAAACAAGCCUGUGACGGUUCCCCAGGAGCCCCAGGACCUUUCGACCCCUCCUCCACUUCCAACACCACGGAGACCCGUGGAGAUCGUGCCGGUGAUUGUUGAGAACACUUCCCCUCCUGUUCCUAGGGAGAUCCUUCCAUCCAACGCCGGCCAGGACAUCGCUCCUACUCAGUCAGCUGAGGUGAAUGAAUGCCAGGUCAACCCUUACAUUUGUGGGCAGGGGAUUUGCUACAACACUGACGAUGGCUACACCUGCCACUGUGACAGGGGAUACCGCCUGGACGACGCCCAAACCACCUGUGUGGAUGUGGAUGAGUGCCAGGACGAGCAGGUCUGCAUCCAAGGCCACUGUCAGAACACCAGAGGCUCCUUUUUCUGUGAGUGCGGGCCUGGUUUCAGAGCGUCAUCGACUGGAGACCAGUGUGAAGAUGUGGACGAGUGUGUGGAGGAGGCAGCGCCAUGUGGACCCGUGGGAGAAUGUCGCAACAACGUGGGGUCAUACAGCUGUGUGUGUCCUGACGGAUACAGGCGGAUCAAUGACACCCUCUGCAGAGAUGUGGAUGAAUGUGUGGAAGAGGCGGAGCUUUGUUCCCCCCAUGGAAGAUGUUUCAACGCAGAAGGGUCCUACAUCUGUCUGUGCGAAAGCGGCUUCUCUCCUAGCCUCGAUUUGCUCUCAUGUGAAGAUGUAAAUGAGUGUGCGUUGAAUGACAGUCGCUGUGGCGCCCACGGCCACUGCGCGAACGUGCCGGGUUCAUUCCAGUGCCUCUGCCACGAGGGUUACCAGGAAUCCCAGGAUGGUCAAAGUUGCGAGGAUUUGAAUGAGUGCCAGCUGCUGGGCAGUGUUUGUGGGGAGGCCGAGUGCGUCAACACGGACGGUUCUUUCCUCUGCGAGUGUCCUCGAGGCCAGAACUACAACGCCAGGGUUGCCAAGUGUGAGCCCAUUUCCACAGAGCCCAUAGUGGAGCGAAAGGAGUGCUACUACCACCUGGACAACGAGAACCUGUGUGAAAGCGUGCUGAAGAGCCAGACCACGCUGCAGGAGUGCUGCUGCACCCUGGGAGCCGGCUGGGGGGACAACUGCGAGGUGCAUCCCUGUCCUGUCAACGGCACAGACCAGUUCAACCAAAUGUGCCCAUCCGGAAAAGGUUUUGUUCCGAGUGCAGACUUGCUGUAUGGGAUUCCCACUUCUGACAGCUACAAAAAUGCGGAUGAGUGCGCCAUGUUUGGCCAGGAGGUGUGUAAAGGCGGCUACUGCAAGGAUACUACAGGCAGUUAUGAAUGUUACUGCAAGACCGGACAAUACUACGACCCCGUCAAGCUGGAGUGCAAAGACAUCAAUGAGUGUCAGGAUGACUCUUUGUGUGAGGGCGGACAGUGUAUGAACACGGAUGGUUCAUACAUGUGCUUCUGCACUCACCCCAUGAUGUUGGACCCCGACACAAACCGCUGCGUUUUUGCUGCUGCUCUGACUGAUCAACACGAGUCGGAGCAGACGGACUUUCAAGGCAUCUGCUGGCAGACUGUGACGGACACCAAGAUGUGCACACGGCCGCUGGGUAACAACAGGAAGAUCACCUACACAGAGUGCUGCUGCCUGCAUGGAGAAGCUUGGGGCAUGGACUGUGCCCUGUGUCCUCCCAGAAACACAGAGGACUAUGCAUGGAUGUGUAACGUACCUUUGGGUGGGGGGCGACGGCCGUACGGUCAGGACGCCCUGGUGGCUGGUCCGAUUCACGAAUAUGAAGUGAGCCCCGACUAUUCCCCGUCGCCGGAGCAUCAGCCGGCCCCCCGCUUCUACGAAAGAGAAGAAGAGCCGUACAAAGCUUUCGAGGGCCUGUUGGCGGAGGAGUGCGGGAUUCUGAACGGCUGCGAGAACGGCCGUUGUGUCCGAGUCCAGGAGGGUUACACCUGCGACUGCUUUGACGGAUAUACCCUGGACCUGUCCCGCAUGGCCUGCGUCGAUGUGAACGAGUGCUCAGAACUGAACAGGCGGAUGUCGCUGUGCAGAAACGCAAAGUGCAUCAACACAGUCGGCUCCUAUCAGUGUGUGUGUCUGCCGGGCUUCAGAGCCUCUGACAAACCCAACUACUGCGUGGAGGCAAACUCGCGGCAGACAUCCACACACACGCAGUGAUGGACAUCACAACCACGAACACUUGUAGGGCUGUACCUGUGAGGAUGUUCUUCCCCCACACUGAGCCCUCACCCGAGCUCAGCUCCGCCCCCCGCAGCACGUCCCUGCAGGAACGACCGCGCCUUCAGAGCACUUUUCACCACACGCCAGCAGUUUCCUGAAGCCUUCAUGAAACAUCAGCAUCUGUUCUUAAAGGGCGGGGCCAGAUUUCUGACUCAGCCUCUCCCAUCUGCAGGAAGCGUUUCUCUCAGAUUUGGCCCACAGCUUUGUGCUUCCACACACACACAAAUCUGAACACAAAACUCCACAUAACUUUUUAAAUCAUCCUUACUGUAUGUGAGGAUUUCCUGUGACGACUAGCCACUCUUAAAUCCCCCCCCCCCCCCCCCCCCCACCUUCAGAGAAUUCAGGUUCAUAUCUCUAUAUGGAUAUAAACCUGGACAGCCGUUUGACAAAUAUCCACCGUAUAUGUGUGAUCAUUUAUUUCCCUACCUGCUGCUAAUGAACAAAAGAAAAUAAAUUAUUUAGAAAUGAAGUGAAUGCAGAUCAUUCCAAUCAGAACUGCUGCAAAUCUAAUAACUCCCUUAUCAGACUGAGGGAUGGUGUCAGUUUCAGAUGCAGAUUUAUCUUUUAAAUUAAUUUUUUUUCAUUGUUGCCUUCUAAGUUUUCAUGGCAUGUUCUUUGAUUUUAAAUGCUCUACAAUGUAAAAAAAAAAUCCAACUCUUGUCAACAAGUAAAAGCAAGAGCUUUCCAGGAAUUAGUUGGGUCCCUCUUUCAAAUUCUUCUUUAUAGGACAGACGCAAAACUAGGAUCUUAAACAUGAAGGAGUUAAACACCAGUUCAGUCAUGGGAGAAUAUUUAGUGGCUUUUUCUGAAACAAAAAGAAUACAGAAAAGAAGUGCUUUGUUUUUUUCUGUUACUAAAAAAGGAAAAAAACAAUACGUAUUCAAUGCCAUUCAGGGUCCCUUGAGUGUGCUGGUCCUAAAUAUCAGUGGGCAGAGGAAACAGGAAAAACUUUCUGCAUCCACAAACUCACUCGGACAAAGCUUCAGCUCUCACAGAGAUGAAAGCCAAAUAAAACAGACACAGAAAAGCGGAAAAGGUCCAGAUAUAAUCCAAGCUUCUCCUUUCACAAUAAAACGCCUGCUUUUUGUGUGAAGAUUCUGCUGUAUAAAUGGGUAAUAUUAGGAGUUUCAUUUUUAUCAGAACAUUAGUGCCAAACCUUUCAGAGGUUCGAAUCCGCCCGUCAGUCUCCUCACAGAAACCCCACCGUCCCGAUCCCCAACGAGAAUAAAAAUACCACACACCUGUACUUCAUAUUCUGCACUGUAUCAAUAAUUAAUGGUAAACCACUCGAGAUGAAGACUUUGCAUCAUCUGGGUGGAAAAUUGAAGCCGGUUUAACUGUACGUUUGUUUGGUGGCUUUUUUUCUGUGUUAUAACAGGCGGUUUUUCUCAUUUAGCUCCUUGACAAACCCAUCGUACGGACUUGUGCUGGGGGAUUAUUGUGGAUAUUUAAAUGUGUAAGGAGGCCAGCUGUCUGCUCUUCCGCUCCUCCAUCGCUAACCUUCUGCUGCCACGAAGAAAAAUCCCUCCUCUGUGCGUCUUUCUGGGAAACCUGGCCCGCUUCGCAAAGCCACUUCAGACAUCGAUGAGAGAGAAGAACCCUGUGCACAUUAAAGAUGAAGAAUGGAGAAAACGGCUCCAUUGUAAUUUGUACAUGAAUGAAUAGCUUUUUCUAUGAAUUCAUACCAAAAUGAACAUUAAAGCCCUUAAAAAUAA